GGCGCCCUGCGGUCGCGCCCGUUAGUCAGCGGGCGGCCCGUUGUAGCUCCGCUGCGCUUCGGGCGCCGGAUUUGAAGAAGGAGAGCCCGGGGGGGGUGGUGACACGCGUGUCUUUGCCCGACGCUAUCCCGGCUCAGCGCUCGCCUGGGCUGGCUGAGGUUAAGAUGUCCUGGCUAACGAGGGGGGGGAAGUCAAGGGAGAAGGAGGAUCCGGAAAGCUCCCCAAACCGGGAAGAGAGGGGUCUGCUGGUACAGGCCAUGCUGGAGCACGGGGGAGACCCGUGGGACUCCGCGGUCGUUGGGCAGGAUCCCACCCUGAAAGCUGCGGAAAGGCACUGGCAGAAUUACGUGUCUGUCUACCAUCCCAAGGGGGAGAAGAAGUGCUCGGCCCUGCAGUGGUUGUUGUUCGGUCUAGCCCGGGUCUUGCAGGCGGCGGUGGAACAGAAGGAGGAGCGUAUCCAGAACCUGCAAAACGAUCUGCAGGGGGCUCGCAACGAAAUCCUGGCGCUGCGGUGCGACAGCUCGCUGCUGAGCGAGCAGGCCGAGGAGCUGCGCAAGCUGCGGGAAGAGCUGAGGGCGGCGGCGGUGGAGAAUGCCCAGCUGAGGAGCAAAGUGCAGUGCCUGGGCACCCUGCUGUCCCUGGGGAAGGGUUUGGAUCGGAGCGUGGUGGCGGCUCUCAACUUGGACCCAGCGGGGUGGGACAGGGACAGCUGGAGCUCGGGGGCGCAGAAAGAGUCGCCGGCGCAAGGAGCAGGCACUGCGGGCGAUAAGAAAGCAAAGCUGGCGGAGGGAGAUGGAGGCCAGGGAGAGGGGGAUAUGUCCAGGAAAGAGAAGGCUUGGAGGAAGCGGAAGGAGGGCUGGCCCUUGUGGGUGAACCGAAUGUGGACGUUGGAGCAGUGCACUCCUUUCACGCACGAGGCGGCGAAGCAGGUGGUGACCGCCAUUGGGCUGCCGUGGCCCAAGGUGGGGGCCGUUAUCAGAGCCCUGCCUGCCGGUGAGGUGUCGGGGGGGGAGAUCUUAAGGCUGGUGAUCCGAAAUUUGGGAGAGUAUGAGCCUCUCAAAGAUAACAUGGAGGGGGCACCCUGGAGAGACGUCCAGGAGGCGUCGGCCUAUGUGUGUGGGAAUGUCUUACUCCGGGUGUUAAAGCAAAGGGAGACACUGGUGACCCCUGACUUUGACAUCUUUGGGGUGAAGGUGGAGCAGGGGGACGUGGGGGUGCUAGCCUGCCGUGCUCCUGAGCUGCACAAAGGGUUUUUCAUCAGUCUGGGGUCUACUUUAAUUGGCCGCCCGCUUGGUGAAUGCAUGGCUACCUUGGAAAACAUGGGGACCCUAAUAGGAGCUGAGGGGAAAGGGAUGGCAAAGAGGGAUGGGCUGGGGGCAAAAAGGAGGAAAUACAUUCCGAGGGGGACAAUUUGGAGGUAUUUAAUAAGCCAGGGGGUGAAUGAAGGAGAGCUAGAUAGUCAGCCCACAGGAGUUUUACUUGCCAAAAUGAAGAAAAUCAUUCAGGAAAAGGGGAUGAAGCAAGAGGAGAUGUGGGAAAAACUGAAGCAGAUGAAUCUAUCAGCUCCUCCCCCUAUCUCCUUAGGGCACCUUAAAGAUUAGGAGUCCCAACCCCUGGUGUCAGUGGGGUUAACCUCCACCACACUGACCUGGUGUGCAGGGGGAAGUGGCUGUGUGGAGGUAUGUCUGUAGAAGGGGAGGGGGGGGGGAGAUUAAGUUACUUUAAUUGCUAUGGGAUUGGAGACAACAUUAUUAGAUUAUAAGGGUCUUCCACUCCUGGCUAAAUCCAUCUGGAUAUUGGGAGUGAGGAGGGAAAAAGAAGUAGAAGCCCGGUUGUGGGUAGGGGAGGGUAAACUGGAUGGGUGGAUAAUUCUGGUAAAAACAUUUUAGGAAUGGAUUUCCUGUCUCAGUUUAAAGUAAAUCUGUCCAAGGGAAAACUGUAUAGUGCUGCUGCUGCCUCAGGAAGUGAAACGAUCACAGGAGUCCCCAAGUCAGUGAAGUGCUGGUCUAAAACUAAAACAGAAACAGGGGUAGUAAAUGAAGAGUAUGAGGUUGUUCCAGACAGAGAUCCCCUCUUCCUAUCCCAGUACCCAUAUGGUGCUGAAGCACAGAAGGGUCACGAGGAGGCUCAGGGGGUGCAACAAAGGCUGAAUAGGUUGGGAUUUUAAAUCUAUGUUUGCAAUUUCUGUGGGAGUCCAGAGGUGUGGGGUAUGUGGAUGGUGGCAACCCCUUGCAACUUUGGGGGGGAUGGCCUAGACAAUCUUUAAAGGCCCCUUCCAACCCAAGCCAUUCUGUGAAUUGUAAAUCCACAUUGGGUUAUGCCUUUGACCCCAGGAGUGGACACCACUUAACAGUGGCGAAUUGAUUAUGUGGACCCCUUCAAGAGGUUAAGGGAGGGUUUGGAUCAGUUUGUAUUUAUUGCUAUUGACAGAACAGCAAGAUGGACAGAGACGAUGGCAUUGUCUGAGGCUACUGCUAACACCAUGGUACGGAGUUUAAGUAAAGUGUUGAAUGCGUGCGGUCCCCCAGUCUUAACUGAUUCACAUAAAGGGAACCACUUGACAGAUGCACCAGUCAGAAGUUCCUGAAAGGGCUAGGGGUGCAUCAGUUAUCUCACGUUUCCUACCACCCACAGUCCUCCAGGAUACUAGAGAGAACAAAUAGACCCGUCAAGGUGAGAUAGAAGCUAAUUUCUGAAGAAAAAAGGACUAAGCUGGAGCACUUCUGUUUGUGUGCUGGAGCAAAGAGCCCACCGGGUGUUACCGCAGCCCUUAUGAGCUGGUCUGGCCCUGCCACACAGACCGGUACCCUCUGUGGCGAUGUCAGUAACCAGCCGUGCGCCUCCGAUACUGGUUCGGUCAGUGGGGAGCACGGGCUCACGGCUGCUCUCCAGCGUCACACAGCUGUGGAGCAGCAUGCCAAUAUAAAGCAACAUAAAAAUCGACCCCCCACUAGGAAAUGUGGUCCUAUCCACACCCCAGGUAUGAAGGGGAAGGCCCAGAGAAUAUUUAGGGGUGAAUGUGGCUCCUGGGUUGGGAAACACAGAACUAAUUGGAAACAAAGAAGUUGGGGGGGGGGGGGGAUGUUCAUGGGUAGAUGGGGCCCACUGCCAACAAAUCGGAGAGAAUGUUUCUAACUAACACGUAAGUAAGAUUGGUUUUCAGGAUCAAAUGUGGCUGUGAGAUGAAUCACAGGUGUGGACCACAGAGAGCCUCACCAAAACCAUCUUCUUCGAGGUGCUCGUUGUCGUGUUAAGACAGCAUCGGGAAUACUGUUAAAGCAUUGCAGGCCCUGUUCAGUGUGUUCUGCUGGCUUCUAGGUAGUCUCUAUCCUUGAAGAUACUCAAAAGCUAUCUGGAGACAGUCCCUGGCAGCUGGCUCUAGAUGACCCAGUUUGAGCAGGGGGUUGGGCCAGAUAAUCUCAAGAGGUCCCUUUCAACCUCAACCAUUCUGUGAUUUGUUCUAUGAAAAUGGCAGCAAUUUUGAAUCAUAUACAAGUUAAAUGGGUAACAAACCUUGGAUUGUUGUCUGAUGCAACAGCAAUGAUAACUACCUGGGAUAAUCAAAUAUGGCACAUGGUGAAAGCAACUGCCAAGUUAAACGAAACGUGCCAACUCUAUGGGAUUAAACUCAAUAAUAUCUCUGUCUAUUGUACUUGAACUCAAUUGUUAUCUAUUACAACAGCUUUUUCAGAUGGAUUUGCUCUGAUCUCGUAACAACAAAGAGAUCCAAUGUUACAAGUGAAGUUUCACCAACUGCUGUUGCAAAUGGACACCUAAAUGGAAUGUGUGUACUAGUUCUGUACAGCCAGCUGUGCUCCUGGGCCACAGGAGGAUAUCGUCACCCGUCAGUGGAGCAAGUCAGCCUGGGAACACCAGUGGUGUUUGGUAGCAGUGCAGGCUGUAUACGCAUCGCCUCACCUGCAGUGGGAGAAUAACAUGACUUUGGUGGCUCCGGGAGAAGACCAAAGAUGUGACAUUACAUCCAUUGGCGGUGUACCUUCAUUUGCCUAUUCUCAAAAGCCGGGUUUUGUUCCAGACCGAGGGACCAAUGACGUCUGUCUGGGAGCUGAGAGGCCUCGCUGGGAUAAGGUGUUAGGACAAUGUGACAGCAUACAGAAGAGAACCAAGAAACCAGAGAGCAGACAAGUUGCAAGCCAGAGGACCGGCCACCUUGGCAAGUAAGGAACUGUCAGAACCGGAGACUGAAAUUGUGAACUGUAUGUCAUUGGUAUGAUGUAUCCAUGGGUUGGUUUCCAAAAGCUACUGGUAUGCAGCACUUAAUCCUGUACUUGUUAAUAGUUAUAAGUCAUGUUAUUCUUUAUUCUUCUAUAUAUGCUUUGCUUGUUUCAAAAGGAAAGAAUGAUCUCACGUGCCCAGUUGAACACCUUACGUGCAUUGCUAGCCUAACACUUGUGGUGGCUUCCAGCCGGAAGGGAUUGAGCUUAUGGGCACCCAGAGUGGUCUGAAUGUCCUCGCAGGAGGUCAGGCAGAUCAGGAGGUGGCUUGUGAGCAAGAGGUCCUGCUGGAGCCUGCAGCCCCACAGAGCUGAGGCCUCGGCAGUGCUGGCAGAAGGGUGACAAGUGCCUCUGCUGCUGUUCUCUGGCAUGUAAACUGUCAGCUUGCACUGGGAUCAAGGCUAAUGUGGAAUAGUUGUGUCUAGUAAACACAGGAGGUAAACUAAACCCAAUGGGACAACCAUGAGUGAGUCAUGGGGAGCCAGGCUGCCCACAGUGGGUAUCCUGGUGCCAGUAACACCACAUAAGGCUGUGACUGCCUGGUUAAUGGCAUAAAAAAUGGCACAGUUAGGUAUGGCUGUAGCAAAAUCAGAACCAAUUGGGAUGAAGUAAUGGGGGGCAGGUUGUUUGUUUGGGAGGGAUUUGGGUGGAGGAGAAGAGGUGGCAAAAAGGUGGGCCCUGAUGCCAAAGAAUGAAGGAUGAGGUAUGAAGUCCACCGAAGAUGACCAGAGGGCUCCUGCUCAUGGUAGGAGUGUGGAAGCCUACAGCUGGUAGCAACACUGACCUGCAGACUCAAAGGCCGGGGAGGCUGGAAGGCAUCGCCUGGGAUAAUCCACUGGACUCGCUCUAUCAGGUCUCUCUGGCUGUAUAUGGUGGUGUGGGGGGACAGACCUGCACCUUGGGACUUAGAAAACUGUCAUUGAGGAUUGGCUCUGUGUGAGACUCAUUAAGUCCGAGAUCAAGAGCUUGUAACUUCGUAGCUGUGCCUUACAAUUUGCAUAAAUAUGUAAGUUGAUCUGUGGUACGGUACUUAGGUUAUUGAUUAUUUUCCUGUUUUGCUAGUUUCCUCAUAGUGUGUUCACCGGUCAAUAAACAGCGUGCCUCAGUUA